GAUUCAGCGUUCAUUCACCAUUUUCCAUUUUCCAUCAGCACGUUCUCUCUAAGAAAAAUCCCCAAAAGCUGGUCAAUAUCCUUCGUCGUCUUCUUCACUUCCAAGCUUAGACACCGAUGACGACGUACGGAACCAUCCCAACCUCCUCUUCUCCCUCCUCAAAUCUGGAGUUCCUCUCACGCGCCAAGCAGCGGAUCAAGGAGGGUCUAGGCACGCGCCGCCCAUGGAAGCUCAUGUUCAACCUCCACUCCUUCGGUCUCCCAUCUGGAUUCUCAGACGCGCUCUCGCGCGUGCGCACCAACAUCGCUUACUUCCAGAUGAACUACGCCAUCGUCGUUCUCCUUGUUCUCUUCCUCAGCCUCCUAUGGCACCCGAUCUCGCUCAUCGUCUUCGUCGUUCUCAUGGCCGCGUGGCUCUUCCUCUACUUCCUCCGCGACGAGCCACUCACGAUCUUUGGCCGCCUCAUCAGUGACCGCGUCAUCCUCAUCGUCAUGUCAGUGCUCACCGUCGUGCUCUUGCUGCUCACCGGUGCCACCGCAAACAUACUCAUCGCGCUCCUCGUCGGUGUGGUUCUGGUGGUGGUGCACGCCGCGCUGCGCCGGACGGACGACUUGUUCUUUGAUGAGGAGGAGGCUGCUGGAUUGGUACAACACCACCACCAUCAUCACCCUGGUGUUGCUUCUUCCUCUUGAAUUUCAUUCUUCUAAGUUGUGAUUAUGAUGAAGAGAUUCAUAUUAUUCUAAUCUUUGUUCUUUUUGUUGUUGGUUAUUGUUCACGUUGUGGUGGUAACUUGGUGUUGAUGUUUUCAAUUUUCAACCAUCAUUUUGUAAUUUGGUUUAUUGUUAGCGAAAAUUUUUAGAUUUUUUAUAUUUUUCAAAAUGUUCCUCUUUUUUAUCCCCCUUCAGAUUUAUGUUUGAAUUUUCUUUUUUUAAAUUUUCCUCUUUAGGGGGUUUGUGAAGAAAGUUGCAAUAAUGCUUGGGAGAACUUCGUUCAGCUUUGAUUUAUUUUAUUUUAUUUUAUAUUGAAUUUUACUGCAA